AUGGACAAGGCUAAGGAGGUGGUCGUUGGCCAGUUCAGGGCCUUGCGGCCGUCCUUUUUGUCCAAGACGCCGCACUUCAACUUCAUCUCGGCUCAUUAUUUUUAUAUAUUGAGCCUCGCUAUCAUCGGUUCGAUCCUGGUCUACGCCCCAGGAAGGGGGAACAUAGCUUACAUCGACGCGCUGUUUCUCACCGGUUGCGCGAGCACGCAAGCUGGACUCAACACCGUGGACCUUAAUUUGCUCAAUACCUUCCAGCAAGUUAUCCUCUACCUGUGGCCCAUGCUGUCAAACCCCAUCACCAUCAACUCCUUUGUUGUUUUCCUCCGUCUCUACUGGUUUGAGAAGCGUUUCCAGCAUAUCGCCCGAGAAGCCCGCCUAAAACGGGGCACGCUGUCCAAAUCCAAGGCUAGGCAACGGAUGGACAACGUCGAUGUGGAAAAGGGGGUAAACGGGCGGAAGAUUACUGUUAUGCUCAACGGAGCCAGGUCCCGCAUCACCAACGACGGUAUGCUGCUCGACGCCAACCAGCCAUCCCCUGAUGCACAACAGCCGCAGCAACAGCCCCAACAGCAACCACUCAAAGCUACGUCCACUCUCCCGAACCGAGCCAGCCGAGACGAUCCUAGAGGCAGCCCAGAGCCUCGGAGGCCAGAGAUCAAGUUCGCACGCACUGUCACUAAGAGCGAUGGCCUCGGCGAAGAGGCCGUCAAACUCCCUCCCGCGCGGCCCGAUCAUGAGCACAUCGCCUUUCUCGAACGCCAACGAAAAGGAGACGACGAAGUGCUGCGGAUCCCGAACCCGCGGGACGCCGAGCGCGGCAUACGCCCGAAGCGUGUCGAGGCUGGAGAUGCCAGGGAGGCCGGGGACGACGAGGAGACCGAGGCUGUCCCACCUGCUGCUGGGGCGUCUGAGACGAACGGGCAUCCAGUCCCCCAAACGUUCUCCGAGAACCGCCAGCAGGCUAUUACAAUUGAGGAACCCGACAGGAACAAGUUGCAGCAGUCCGACUCGGAGGACCUUAUCGACGAUGCCAGGGCUGCGGCCCACGCUUUUUCGUUCCUCAAGCUGAAAAAGCCCCGAUGGAUUAGCCAGGGAGACAAGACACAGCCCAACACGGAAGACGAGCCAGGUCCCGGAGCGGCCUCUCGAACCAAGACCGCCGGCCGUCGACCAUCGUUCUCGACGCUGCGGACUGCCUUCUCGUCGAGAGACCAAGCCGACGCCACGCCAUACUUGAGCUGGGAGCCGACCAUUGGCCGCAAUUCCGCGUUUCCCGACUUGACCGAGGAGCAGCGAGAGGAACUCGGAGGGAUCGAAUACCGGUCGCUCAAGACGCUGGCCCUAAUCCUGACGGGCUACUUCUGGAUCUACUCAGCCAUCGGCGUCAUCGGGCUUCUGCCGUGGAUCUUACAAAUGGACCAGUACGGCCAGGUCGUCGACGAGGCCGGCAUGAGCAGGACCUGGUGGGCCUUCUUCACGUCGAGCUCGGCAUUUAUGGAUCUGGGCUUUACCCUCACCCCGGACAGCAUGAUCUCAUUCAGCACGGCCACCUGGCCGCUGCUGCUGCUGGGCUUUUUGAUCGUCAUCGGCAACACUGGGUUCCCGGUCAUGCUCCGGUUUAUCAUCUGGGUCCUCUCUCUCAUCACCCCGGCCGGCACCGGUCUGUACGAAGAGCUGAGGUUUCUUCUCGACCACCCUCGCCGGUGCUUUACGCUGCUGUUUCCGUCUGGCGCGACCUGGUGGUUGUUCUGGCUACUUGUCAUUAUGAACGGUCUCGAUGUCUUGUUUUUCAUUGUACUCGACCUCGGCAGUGGACCGGUCGUCGACUUGCCCGCCGGACUCAAAGUCCUAAACGGCGUCUUCGAGGCCAUCUCCACCCGAACCGCCGGGUUCUCCUGCGUCAACCUAGCCGCCCUCCACCCGGCCGUGCAGUUCUCCUACAUGGUGAUGAUGUACAUCUCCGUCUUCCCCAUCGCCAUCUCCGUGCGCCGCACCAACGUCUACGAAGAAAAAUCCCUCGGCGUCUACAGCAGCCACGACAUCGACGAAAGCGCCAACCAAAACGACCUCGCCUACGUCGGCUCCCACCUCCGCCGCCAACUCUCCUUCGACCUCUGGUACAUCGUCCUAGGCUUCUUCAUCGUCAACAUCGCCGAAGGCUCCAAAAUCAUGGCCAACGAGUUCUCCGCCUUCUCCGUCCUCUUCGAAGUCGUCAGCGCCUACGGCACCGUCGGCAUGUCCCUCGGCGUCCCCACCGCCAACGCCUCCCUCUCCUCCCAAUUCACCGUCGUCGGCAAACUCGUCAUCAUAGCCAUGGUCAUCCGUGGCCGCCACCGUGGCCUGCCCUACGGCCUCGACCGCGCUAUCCUCCUCCCCAGCGAAUCUCUCAACGCCCGCGAAGCCGCCGACGCCGACGCCCGCAUGGCCCGCAUCCAAUCCCACGCUUCCUUCGCCACUGGCGGCGCCGGCAGCAGCAUCAACGGCGGUGUCGGCCGUCGCAGGAGCAUGGACCGGGGCAACAUCCUCACGUCCCUACUACACCCGGGCCCGGCGAUACCUGUGGAACCGACAUUGCCCGUGCUAGAGAUGCAGCGGACUAAGUCGCCUGAGGUGAUACCGGGUGCAUACGGCGGUGGUGGCGGUGUGGAGGAGCCCGAACCGUAUGCGACGAGAGUUAGUUCGAGGCGGACGGAGCCUGGUGGUGGUGGGGUUGUGAGACGGUUUGAGUCGGGGUUGAAUAUUCAGCAGCAGCAGCGGCCGAGGACGUCGGGGGAUGGGGGGGAUUGA